GGUAAAUUAGCCUCCAUACAGGUUGUUUCCGUCCUUCACCUUCAAUUUGAUUGAAAAUGGCGUGGAGGCAAAUAAUCAACAACGCCCAGGCGAUUCCGGCUUCAACUCCUUAUGGGUUUUCUAGAUUCUUCUCCAAGUCGACUCCUUUUGUGGGAAAUAAUUUCUUAGCAUUGAGCAAUCCUUUGGUCUUAGUCUACUAUUCUGCCUGGGUUACUUGCUGCAUUACUCUUGUGGUUGAAUAAUUUCACUAGUAUUUUAGCUCAUAUGCUUGUGGUCAGUCCAAGAUAAUGCUCAUGCAAAAAGGGCUUGGAAAUUGUACGAGGUAGAGUAGAAUAAAAGUCUGGUUGUUUGAACUUUGAAUUGAAUGGAGAAAGUAAAAGAAAACCAUUUAAUCUUUAUAUUGGAUUUUCACUUUGGUUAGUUGAUAGUUGGGCUAGUCAUGUGGUGUGUGCGCUAAAUUGUAUAUCUUUGGGUAAAAUGGUGUCUUUGGCACUGAGACUUCAGUACCACAUUCAAAAUUUUCUGCUUGGCAUUUCAAACUAUCUAGUUCUUGUAUUGAAAGUGUUUUGAAUACCUUAAUUCCAACUUCUAUGGUUGCAUUCCAAUUAGAGAGUAGCCUUCUUGUGGGAAAGAGGUGAAGCAUCUUAUCUUCUUAUCCAUAAACUGCAAGUUUUUUCUAAUAGACUACAUUAGUUACUUCUGAGAUUUGACAUUCUGACUUUUGUUUUACAGAGGAAGCUGAUACUGAAAUAUGCCCACAAGUAUAGGUUGGGACUGUGGAGGCCUCGAGCUGAGCCUGCGAAGGCAUAAUGAAGGACUGCUGCAAUAUGUUUGUCUACAAGACAAUCUUUCCGAAGGACAUUUCUUCUCCUUGAGAUGAGAAAUUGUUUGAGUUUUGGCCUCAAUGUCUGUAACUCUAUUUAACGGACAGACUCUAGUGGUUUAGGUCAACAGAUACCGUAAGCAUAUCUAACAGCCUCAAGAGUGUAUUUUCUUUUUGCAUCAAUUUCAAAUGGAGAGCUGCAGUUGGUAUCGGAUGAUUACUUAAUUGAAAAUGGAGGUUCAAUAACGGGCUUUUGUUAAA